GCUAAAAAGGGCUGCCCUCGAACGCCAGCCGCCACGCGCCAUUUGCAACUCAGACACGCAUUUCUGAGAGCCUCACGUUAGCUUUCCAGGGGCCCGCGACGAAGGACGCGCGCCGGCACGCUGCCUGCCAAGCAGCACCAUGCCGCUCCCAGUGUUUGGCACGUCCGUCCGGGACAACAACAACUGCGGCAACUCAUUCAUAGGGACGCGGUACUUCCAGAAGUACCCGGCGCCCGGGAGGUAUGAGACGGGCCGGACGACGCUGAACACAUUACCUUUAUCGAGGUCUAGGACGUCGGACUGGACGCGGAGAUAUAGGAACACGCGGUCCAUGGAGGGCACGCAGGCCAUGCUCUCGCUAGGAGGCGCGGACCGCGUCGGUAGCGUAUCGGCGUGGAACGCACCAUUGCGUCGAUGGCGUCUUAAACCCGCGAUUCCCACACAGGCGAGAAGGUCGGCCCGGCCCCAGGCACCUACGAGGCGCCGCCUGACUCGUUCGCCAAAGCCAUGUCGCGCCGCAACACCUGGACGGCGGCCUUCGCGGGCCGGACGUCUCGGUUGCCGCCGCCUCGCGAUGCGAACGGUACUUACUUGCCCAGAUACGGUGUCCGGGAAAAACGUUCGGUGAGGCGGACCCUGCCGCCGCGCAAGAAGAAGUGGACGGACACGCGACCCGUGACGGCGCCGACGCCCAAACAGUUGCCCUACGAGCCGCCGAUCCUCGACGCCGUCGACGACGAGGAGCCCUCUUAUGAUUUCUUCGCGGCGCCGACCCGACGGCCGCCCGCCUUGGCAGAGUUCACCCUACCAAGGGACCGCGUCCGCCCGCGGGAACGGCCCGUGACCGCUUCCGAAAUCAUACAGCACCGUAGGGCAACCAACGAAUUCAAGGACGACCUGCGAGCUGUGAGAGCCUUGAACAAGUUCAAGGUCCCCAAGUCGAGGACGUCGAUCGUAGCCAUCUAACUUACACUCCUAUCUCGUAGUUAAUUGAGUCGCGUCGGCGGCGUGAGUUCUGGGUGGUGAGUCGUCGACGCCGCCCCGACGCCGCCGCCGCGACCCGAUCGUAGA